AUGCUUCGCAGCUUGCGGCAGAGACUACUCGGCCAAGGCUGCAGGUGCAGAGAUAGCCUUCUUGCAAACCGUGAAGCUGCAGGGGUUUGCCGACUGGAGGAGGCUGCCCCCCUUUCCGUUUCGGAGGAGGAGCUCGCCCACAUCCUCGGCAACAGCUUUCCGAGCUCAGCACCACGACCCGGAGCAAACUGCGAGGACUCGGAGGAGCUAGAGCGGCUACAGGAGGAAUUCCUGGAAAUAGUGCAAAGCUCGGAUUCCCAGGCUGCGCUGCGAGCCGUGGAAUCGGCUACCUCCGAGAUAGUGAAUGCAAGCGACGAGUGUGUGGGCAGUGCCCUGCAUUUUAUUGCUGCAGAAGGGCAUGUGCAGGCAUGCCGUGCUUUACUGGCAAGGAGCGAUUUCGGGCAGGUAAACUCCAGGAACGGUAUCGGCUCUACGGCCCUUCACAUUGCGGCUGCGAAUGACGAGGAGGAGAUCUGCAGGAUGAUCUUAGCAUGCUCAAGGUUCACAGUGGGAGCAGAUGCCGUGAACAACAACGGGCAGACAUCGAUGGACAGAUCGAUUUUGCGGCAGAGUUCGGGACUGGCCUUUGCUUGGACAUCCUCGAAGCUUCUGGAUGUCGCUAUGGUACAUGCCGUCGGCGUGGGCGACAGGCCUGUCCAGACAGAGGCAAGAGAUGAGAUGGCAGCUCCUGUUGACGUGCGUCUGAGGGACGACAACGUGGCCCAACGCAUCACUGAGUUGCUGGCGGUCGGAGACACUGCCCUUGACGAGCUUGCACAAAACAGCAGGCUGUUGUUGGUCACAAGCUGGCUGGACUUGCUCGGGGCAACAGAGCCUUUGCACAGCAAGUGCCGCGCACACGCAGUGCUUUUGCAACCGGUGCUCCAAGCAUUCGAGGAUGGAUAUUGUGCAGUGGCUCGCUCGCACAGCGAGCAAAAUGUGGACGGAUUAUCAGGCAAUGCAGCUGGGUGUCGUGACGAGUUGCGCACUAUUGUGCAGAUGGCAUCGGAAGGCAUGUUGCUCGCUUGCCUGCUGCUGGAAAGUACGACGGACCAGCACUGGUACUUCGGCUCCGAUCCCUUCCGAGCGUUCGGACGGCUGGUGGAGGUCUUGUCCCGUAUCAACGCUGCGCGCACUGCUUGGCAGGAUUCGAGUUUACCGGUUGCAGUGCGAGGGCAGCGACUGCGAUCUCAGGUGGCGAGCCUCGGCACAGUGUUUGUCAAGCUGGCGCAAACGAUGGCCACGCGUUCAGACUUGGUCACGAAAGAGCUCGGCAAAGAACUGGGGCUACUGCAGGACGCAAUGGGCCAGUUUUCAAACGACGUUGCUAUGCAGACCAUUCGUGAGGAGUUUGAUUGGGAUGGACCAGUUGCUGCGAGUGGAAGCUCGGAAGGUGGGCAGCUGCACCCUGGUGAAGCUGCGCCGCUUUUCUCUUCGCUGACGGAUGAGCCGGUGGCUGCAGCAUCGUUGGCGCAGGUGUAUCGGGGCAUACUUACUGACGGCACUGAGGUUGCCGUCAAGGUUCAAAGGCCUGGACUUGCGGAGCUUGUAGGCCUAGAUUUCUACGUGCUCAGACGAAUCCUGUUCACCGUGAAUGCGAUACUGGGUGCUACAAGGAGUUCUGAGAUCGCGCAGUCGGUCUUGGACGAGGUCGGAGACGGGCUUUUUGCCGAGCUUGAUUUCGUGCAAGAGGCCAGGCAUGCUGAACUAUUUCAAAGUCUUUAUGGCGCAAAAUGUCCUGACGUGGUCGUGCCUGAGGUUAUUUGGUCCCGGACCAGUACUCGAGUCCUGACGACCACGUGGUUGCAUGGUCGCAAGCCUCGAGACUUGAGUGCACAAGAAAAGCUGCGCCUGGUAAACCUGGCAGGGCCAUGCUUGUCAUUGCAAUUAAUGGACGCCGGUUUCGUGCAUUGUGACCCACAUGAGGGCAACAUGAUGCUUCUCGACGAUGGACGCCUCGGUUUGAUCGACUUCGGCCUGGUGGCGCAGAUGACAGCGGUUCAUCAGGAGAGCAUGGCCUCCGCAAUCCUCAGCCUGUUGGCGGAAGAUUACAAAGCACUGGUGCCGUGCUUUCGAGGAAUGGGUAUUCUGAGUUCCGAGCGAGAAGAUGACGAGGAUUUAAAGCGACCGGGCGAAGAGCAGCCCUUUGCAAUAGCACUGGAGGAGGCUUUGCAGGGAGGGCAGAAAGAUGCAAAGCGAUUGGUGCAGGAUGGCAUGGGAGUGGACCGUCGACGUGCCUUUGGACAGCUGUAUGAGGAACUGAGCAACCUAGCCUUCCGCUACUACUUCACCUUGCCGUCUUACUAUGUGCUUGUGAUGCGUUCCUUCGUGACGCUGGAAGGAAUAGCUUUCGCCGCCGAUCCGGACUUCAACAUGUACACAACAUCAUCGCCGUUUGCUCUGCGGAGACUCCUGAUGCCCCGCACUGCAACUGGCAGGAAGCUCUUGGAAGAAAGGCUCGUGGAGAGACAGGAGUCCGGACUGCGACUGAGGUUGUGGUCGCUUUUGCAAGGCCGGCUCAUGUACGGCAAGAGGUCUUCUAAGCAAGACGUCACCGGUACGGUCGGCACGGUCUCGAGAACUGUCAUGGAGGUCCUCAUUACAGUUCCCCAUGGACGCGCCUUGCGGCGAGUCCUCGCAACGCUGGAUAGUGUCAGCCUCAUCGAGGACUUGACGGCACCGGCCACAGCUCCGCUCAGACGUGUUGCAGCAAAAGUCCUGCUGUCCGGCGGGACAAGCUCUUGCCGUCGCAGGUCUCCUCAACGGUUGCUGAAGCGGAUAAUGCUGAAACACCUGCGGCGAGCGGCCGAAACCAGGCCGCUGCUGGCUGCGAAGUUUGUUUCCCAGCUUUGCUUUGCACUUGCGCUACGUGCAUUGCCUUGGAAGCGAAGAUGA